AUGGCGACAAACAAAUCAUUCUUUCGUCCUUAUAAUUAUCAAAAAGCUCCUAGAAUUAUAACUGCAAAAUUUCGUAGUAAAAGUUCAGAUUCUGUAUCGAAUCAUAAUAAUAAUAAUCAAAAAAUUGAUUCACAAAAACAAGAAAAUAAAAUAUCAAAAAUGAAAAAAUCUCAAACAACGUUAACUGAUUUUGAAACAAAACCUCUUGAAACAACAUGCAAUACAACAUCGAUGCUACGUCGUCGAUUUAGUCUUUUUCGUAUUAAACGUUCACAACAAGCAAAUGAAAAUGUCAAUGUUCAUGCACUUCAACAAAUUAUUGAUAAUUUGCGACAUGAUUUACAGAAUAAAACUGAUGAACUUCAAACAAUAAGAAAACAUGUUGAAAAAAAACGUCAUAGUAUCAUACAACUACCCGAUGAAUCAAUCGAACAAGCGUUGCAAAUGCAAACAACGUUGAAUGGAAGACUUGAAGAAAUGCUUACAGAAAAGGAUUUACUUAAAAAAAGGAUUCAAGAACUUGAAUCUUAUGCACAACAAACAAAACGUAAGAGACAUAUUUAG